AUGGAGGCAGAGAGAGACGAGGGUAACAAUCCUUCACCCUUCUGGAACAUUGCACGCAUCGGCGGAACCGGAGUCGUCCUAGCUCUCGGUUUCUUGAGCUUUCCGGCGAUUAUUAGCUCAGUGCAACCGGUUAUCGAUUGGUUGAAUUGGUUUAUUUAUGUCGUAGCUUGUAUAUUCGGUUUCGUCUCCAUUAGCACCUUCGUCGCCUGGAUUUACUUUGCAAAUCACAAACCCACCGAGAAAGAGAAGAAACGUGAUCUCUACGAUGACUAUUUCCCCGCCGCCCCCACCGUGGUUCAUCGACCGGCGAUGGGAUAUUACGACGUGGCGGAGGCUAGAGAUUAUAACAAUGGUGGUGGAAGUUAUAAUAAGGAGGUGGUAGAGGCGUUUGAGCAGGUGGAGACGUAUAAGGCGGUUAAGGAGAGCAACUGUUAUGGCCGAGUGGAAGUGGAGGAGGUGAAUUCGAGGAGCUACAGGAGGACGAGGUCGAGUGUGGAGAAGAAGAUGGAGAAGAAGGCGAGGGUUGUGGAGUAUCGGAGGGCGGAGUCGGAGAGAGCGGCGAGAACAGGCUCGCGGAGGUCGCAGCAGCCGAAGAUUGAUGAGCUGAGCAGCGAGGACUUUCGCGCGACGGUGGAGUCUUUUAUCAUGGAGAAGAAGAUGUUUCUUCAGUGGCAAAACGGCGCCGCUGAUCCUGCGCAAAACGGCGCACCUCAGCUGCAAAACGGCGUCGCUGGUCACUGGCAAAACGGCGCACCUCAGCUGCAAAACGGUGAUUACUGGCAAAACGGCGUGCCUCAGUUGCAAAACGGUGAUUACUGGCAAAACGGCGUGCCUCAGUUACAAAACGGUGAUUACUGGCAAAACGGCGUACCUCAGUUAGAAAACGGCGUCGACCAGUGGCAAAACGGUGUCGGUCAGUGGCAAGGACAGCCAUAUGACGAUGGCCGUCAUCAUCAUGGUAAUCGUAGGCUUGUGGGUGGCUCUGGCCCUAAUGGUUCUGGUCCGUACCUAGCUAUUUCUAAUUAG